AUGGUCAAUACUGAGGACAGUGAGGAAAAAGGUGAUGAGAAAUGUAGUUUGGAGACUGAAGGGAAGGAAACCGAGGAUCAAGAGAAAUCUUUUGACAGUCCCAUUCAAAAGUACGAUCAUGCAGCAGGUGAAGAAAAACCAGCCACUGCGUCAUAUACGGACAAUGAAGACAUUGUUUUACACGAAGAUCCGAAGAGUGUCUUUCAAAAGUUUGGCACUGUUAAGUAUAUUGAUUUCAAGUUUGGAUCAGAGUCUUGGUAUAUAUGGUUUGAAGAUGCAGGAGGACCUUAG